CUGUACAAAUAUGCAUAUAGUCAAACUGCCGUACUUGGUUCACUAGGUAACACAUUUUUGGGGAGAACAUGGGGAGGGCACCGUGUUGCGAGAAGGUGGGGCUGAAGAAGGGGCGGUGGACGUCGGAGGAGGAUGAAAAAUUGCGCAAGUAUAUUCAAGAAAAUGGUGAAGGGUCAUGGAGGUCAUUACCUAAGUAUGCUGGGUUAUCGAGAUGUGGAAAGAGUUGCAGAUUGAGAUGGAUUAAUUACCUGAGAGAUGAUUUGAAGAAGGGAAACAUAUCUUCAGAGGAGGAUGAAAUCAUCAUUAAUCUGCAUGCUUCGUUGGGGAAUAGGUGGUCUUUGAUAGCAAGCUAUUUACCUGGGAGAACAGAUAACGAGAUAAAGAACUAUUGGAACUCUCAUUUAAGUAGGAAAGUCCACAUCUUCCGGAGACCAGGAACCGGCGGUGGAAACACGCCGGCGGUAGUGGAGAUACCUAAAGAUGUCAGUGUUUUCAAGCAGAAAGGUCGAACGAGCAGAUGGACAAUGGAGAAAAACAGAAGAAGCAACAAUGCACAAAAAGAAGCUACUGUUGUUUCAACAAAGAAUUCUGAGGUAAAGGUCGCUGUCAAUGAAGCUGUACCGCUGCCAUCCACACCAGAAUUAGAGAAGGAGGUUUUGUUGACCACAAUGAUGGAAGAUAGCAUGGUUGUUUUGCCAAGCACUUUUGAAGAAAAGGGAGAAACAGAGAAUUUAAUGUUAUGCACUGUCGAGAAAGAGACUGAAAUUUUAGGACCAUACGAAAGUGAGAUGCUGUGUUUUAAGGACAUUAUGGACAAUAAAUUAGUGGAUCCAAAUAGGGUCUGGACAUUAAAUACAGAGGAGCAAGAAACCACGGCAGCCGGAGUUUAUAUCGGUGAUAAUCAAGAGAUAAUGAACAAUAUGGGAAUUUCUAGUGACAGACUAGACUGCGAAAACUUAAACUCGAACUCUAGUGAGUUAUGUUCUUCGACAACGUUAACGCCAUUUGUGGACGAUUUUCAGCUUGACUGGGACUGGGGAAGCAUCAUCCAUGGGGGUGAACGUUGGGACGACGAAAAAGACGAGUCCAUGUCCUGGUUAUGGAAUGACUAAUAAUGUGGACUUCCGCAGCGAAAACGACAUGGUUUCUCGGAUUCAAAAAGUAGGUUCUUACUUUGUCCGUAGAGAUUCUUGGUGUAUUUAAAUUGUUGUGAGAGAAGACUCAAGAAGGGCUCAAAAAGUAGGACAACUCAAAAUUUCCUAUCAAAUGUAAAAAGUUUCAGUUACGUAGCUAUGUUUGUCCUUUAAAAUUAGUUAGGGAUCGUGUUAGAAGGGGUUUGAUGUCCAAUUUGUCAGUUAAUCAUCAAAUUAUGAAUAUAUUCAACUCUAUAUGUGUGCGGCCAAAUGUAGAAUUCAACUGGAAAUAAAAACCUUUUUCCCUU